UGUAUAACUAACCCGGUCAGGUCAAGCCCCCUCAUCGUCUGUUUAUCUUUUUUUCUCCACGCUAGGGAGAGGAUGGGAAAAAGAAAGGGCAAGCGAGAAACCCUAAGGGAUCCGAAGGCGGAGGAGGAAUUAUCAGUGUCUUGUCCCGAAGCUGUGGCGGCGGAAACUGAUGCGGGAGAUGAAUCGAACGGUGGUGGUGCGGCGACGGAAGAAACCGAAAAGGCGAUAGUGUCUCUGACCGAAGCUGUAGCGGAGAUCGUUCCCUCUGAUCUUGCGGCUUACCUACGCGAAGUAUUGGACAAGCAUUGGCCUAUCCCGGAGAAGCAGAUAUUGAUAUUAGUCGAUUACUUUGGGGAUAAACUUUCCCAAGUAUCAUUCCAAUGGGUCAAGAUGUUCAAGGAGACUCCUUCAUCCACACUGAUCGAUGUUCCGUUUUCUCAAAUUCCUACACCUAUUUACGAAACCUCAGUUGAUUUUAUCAACAAACUUCCAUUUGAGACUACACUACGUGCCUUUGUACUGUGGGCGUCUGAUCUCAUUCUCACUGAAUGGCCUGGAGUUGUCAAAGUUGAACAACUUAAUUCUGACAAAUCUAAGGUGGGAGCAUUUGUUGCAUUAGCGAUGGUGUUGCGUAGUAAACCUGAUGCUUUGACUACUGUUUUGCCAAAGCUGAGGGAGAGACCUACGUAUCAAGGCGAGGACAAGCUUCCGGUUAUUUUUUGGAUGAUGGCUCAGGCCUCCCAAGGUGAUUUAUCCGCUGGCUUGUAUUCAUGGGCGUGUAACUUGCUGCCACUAGUCGGUAAUAACAAUUGCUACAGCCCUCAGGCAAUGGAUCUCAUCCUGCAAUUUGUUGAGAUGAUUUUGUUGAAUCCAGAGGCCCAGACCAUACUUGUAAAUGAAGCUGUUAGGGAGGGAGAGCGGCUAAUUCCACCUUCUUCAUUUAAGAUCUUGGUACAACAUACAUUUCCUGCUUCAUCCUCCAGAGUAGAGGCAACAAAGAGGUUUGAGGCAAUCUAUCCCUUGUUGAAGGAAGUAGCCCUUGCACCAGAGAGUUCGACAGGAAGCAACGCAGUGAAACAGAUAUUCACGUUUUCAUUGAGAUUAGCUGGAGAAUGUUAUGGAAAUCCUGUUCUAGCCAAGGAAGCUAUAGCAAUAGCCAUCUGUUGUAUGACCAAAAACGUUGAUUGCUUUAAGCACUGGGAUAUUCUCUAUAAGGAGAAUAUAGAAGCUAGUGCUGCUCUUCUUAAAAAGCUUGUACACGAAUGGAAGGAUAAUUCCCUCAAACUAUCAUCUUUGCCUAGUCAUACUCUCGCUGUCAAGCAUACUAUACUUAGCUUCAGGAUGAAGAACGAAAUAGCCAUCACUGAAGGAGAAUUCAAUUGUUUUUUUUACAAAGAAGCUGACAAGUCCUGCAAAAUGAUCUUGACUAGAAUCUCCCGUGGAAGUGGCGGCCUCCAAAUAGCACCCAUUAUCGCUAUGGUUAUAGCAGCUGCAGGAGUCGCUGCAGGAGGCAUUGCAGGAGCCGCACUAGCUCUUAUCUUCUCAGAAGCAAAGUCAGCCUCAAGUACCUGGACGAUGAUCAAGAAUUGGUUGUACUUGACCCUUUAAAUAUUAUUUUGCCAAAACCCUCUUCUCUUCUCUAGUUUCACUAUCAUCAUAAACGUAUCUUAAUAUGUAUGUACUCUCUGUGGAUUGUUAGUAUAUAUUUAAUUUUACGAUGCAACGACUUAAUGUAUUAGUUUACUUGUUGUAAUCCUUGUUUUGAAGCUUUUUACGA